CGACCCCUGCCCUUUGUAUAUCGAUACAACAUAUUUAUAGAUUAGUGCAAAAUGGCUUCAAACACAGUGUCAAGAUUUCGAGAACUUGGUAAGAAAAUAGUUGCAGUCGGGAGAAAUUAUAGGGAACAUGCUACAGAACUAGGAAAUGUUGUACCAACAAAACCAAUUUUGUUUCUAAAACCAACUUCAUCUUACGUCACAGAGGGUCAAAAUAUAAAGAUUCCACCAAAUUGCAAAUCCCUUCAUCACGAGGUAGAACUAGGUAUUGUUAUAGGGAAAACAGGGAACAAUAUAAGCGAGGACCAAGCUAUGGACCAUGUUGGAGGUUACGUGUUAGCUCUGGACAUGACCGCCAGGGAUUUACAGGACGAGGCAAAGAAGAAAGGUCAUCCUUGGACUCUUGCUAAAGGCUUUGACACGUCAUGUCCGAUCAGUGACCUCAUUCUGAAAGACAAACUACCUCGGUCAGAUAACGUCAAUUUAUGGUUGAAAGUUAAUGGUGAAACAAAACAAAAUGGCGACACCAAAGACAUGAUCUUUAGCAUUCCAUAUCUUAUUAGUUACAUCAGCAAAUAUUUUACGUUGGAGGAAGGUGACGUCAUUCUUACGGGAACGCCCUCUGGUGUUGGACCCGUUGAUAAAGGAGACGUUAUUGAUGCCGGGAUUGACAACAUUACUUCUUUUAAAUUUAAGAUUGAAUAAAAAAGAAAAGAAUUUUAA